CCAAGCAACCACAUAAAACCUUUGCCCGGCCCUCAGCCCUCUCUCUCAAAACCAAGCAAUGUCUUCUUUCUUCCUUCACUAUAUGUAACCAGUAAUCACUUCUUUUAGAUUCACUUUUUUUGCGUUUCUGUGGAUUGAUGAGCAGCUAGGCUAAUAUGGGUAUCAAGUUUUUCAGUCUUCAAAUGGUCCCCUGGGCAUGUUUUCAUCUUAUGAGCAACGACGUCGCGUGUGGCCAAAUCCAGCCAGAACCACCACGGUCAAUCAAGCUAAUCGAUUCGAACGGGGAGGUCAAGAUCUACACCCGACCCAUUCCCGCGUCGGAGCUCAUGAUCCAGUUCCCUAAACAUUUAGUUUGCCACUCUGACUCGUUCUACAUAGGUCAAAAAAUUCCGGCUCUAGCCGAGUCUGACCUGCUCCAACUCGGUCACAACUACUUUCUUCUCCCCACGCAGUUUUUCCAGUCCGUGUUGUCGUUCGUCAACAUUGCCGCUUUCGCCUCUGCCAAAACGACGCCGCACCUGCCGUUUCGAAACGCGUUGAUGAAAAAGGCCGCGACUUGUAGACCGUUCGAUAUACAGAAAUCGCCUUCAGGGUGUUUGAGAAUACGCGUGACUGACGAGUUUAUAUCGCAAUUGAUGGAGGAAGGGGAUGCGGUGGAGAAUGGAGAGGCGGGUUGUGAAGAAGAGACGACGAAGAGUGCUGGAGUGUGUAAUAGUCCUCAGUUAAAGAAGGAGUAUAAGCAGCUUGUUCGGUAUCGGCAAUGGAAGCCGACGCUCGAGACGAUCAGAGAGAGCAAGGAGAAGAGAAAGUUGUCGUCUUUUGGGAUGAAGAGAAGGAAGAAAUCACAAGCAAAAGUUAAAUCAGAAACCCAACAGAGAACAGAGCAUAGCAACGUCCAUCACGUAACAUCUAGUAGUAAAGCCUGUAAAUCCUCUUUGAAGGGGAAAAUCAAGAUUAUCAGAUCAAAGAAGUGAUAUGGACAACUUGGCUCUCUCUCUCUCUCUCUCUCUCUUGUUUUUAUUCGUAAUUUGAAUAUGCUUGUACUAUGUAAACUGGUCGUAGUUAAUCUCUCGCAUACAGAAAUGAAUAUAUCAAACACAUUCACGGCAUCAUUGAUCCUCUGUGUUUGUUUUGCCA